UCUCUGAGCUGCGCCGGCUGGCUGGCUUGUUCGGAGGUAUGCCGGACGACAGCCUGGCCUGUGCCUUCGUGGCCAAACUGCCAGAUUCAGCACGCCGUGCGCUCCGGGAUGGAUCACGGAUGGAGGACAUGCCGUUUAGCCAGCUAAUCGGUCGCGCUCGGGCCGUGCUAGCCGACGAGGAAACAAACACCGUGGCCGCCGCCGCUGGCACAAGGACUGGAGCACUCCCGGCCACAAUGAAAUGCUACUCGUGCGGGCAACCGAACCAUAUCGCCCGCGACUGCACGGCAGGCCGCGGACAGCGGGGCCGUGGAGGCCCCCGUGGUGGACGGAGCCUCGUGAGGUGCUACAACUGCAACCGGCAGGGGCACAUCGCCUCUGCGUGUCCGGAAAACGACGCGGGAGGGGAGAGAUCAGCGCCAGCCUCCUCUCCUGUCGACCAGUGAACGGGGCGCUGCCAGUCGCGCAGCUGUCGGUGGACGGAGCGAGCUGCAAAGCGCUGGUUGAUACAGGAUGCAGCCAGUGUGUAGCUCACGUGUCAGUUUGUCGGAGGUGGAACCGACGCCCGGUGAGCGUGAUGACAGUGAGUGGAGGGCGUUAUUGGUGUGAGGGGUCAGGCGUGGCACGCGUGCAGCUGCGGUCCGGUGAAUCAGUGUCCGUAGAUGUGCUCGUCGUAGCACGUAAGCCACUGGGGUUUGAGUUCAUCCUCGGGAUGAAUGGUAUCAGAGCACUGGGUGGCGCUACAGUGAGUUCGGAUGACCGAGUCAGAUUCGGAGUUGAGGCAGCGGUGUCUCAUAUAGCGGCGUCAGUGGCCUCACCCGGUGACCGGGUCAGCUGUGAUGGUGAGAGGACUGGGGUGUCGCGUGCAGUGGCAGCGACUGCACGGGUGAGUCAUGAUCAGGCGAGCAGUGAGGCGGCCCCAGCGUCAGGUGCAGCGGCGGCAGCUGCAGCAGUGAAUCGAGCUGACAGCAGUAAGGGGGAUCCGGUGUUGGGUGCGGCGGCGGCGGCCGCACCGGCUAAUCGAGCCGACGAGAAGGACUUUGUGGUGAGCUUUGAUGAGACAGAAAAGAAGUGGUCGGUGGAGUGGAAAUGGUGUGGAGGAAAGGAGCCCGAGCAGCUGCACAAUACAGCAGAGGAGUACGCGAUUCCAACAGAAGCCCGACACGAAUACGAGCGAGAACUCUCCAAGUGGGUGGCGAAUCAAUGGCUCGUCCCUUAUGAUGAGAGCGUGCACGGGAGGGUCAAAGGCACGAUCCCGCUCAUGGCGGUCAUCCAACCGAAGAAGGACAAAGUGCGUCCCGUCAUGGAUUUCAGGGAGUUAAAUACGCACCUGGACCCGCAUACAGCUGACGCGGAUGUUUGCAGUGAAAAAAUCCGUGAGUGGCGUCGGUGUGGACGAAACGUGUCUCUCCUAGAUCUGCGAGACGCUUACCUGCAGAUCCACGUGCACGCAUCGCUGUGGCCGUAUCAGACUGUAGUGUUCCAGGGCAGACGGUGGUGUCUGAGCAGACUUGGCUUUGGGCUCAGUCUCGCACCGAUGGUGAUGAGAAAGGUGCUGGAAAUGGCCCUGAAACGUGACCAGAGGGUGCACACCGCUACAUCACCUUACGUGGACGACAUACUCGUAAAUGAAAACAUCGCUACUGCAUUGGAGGUGAAGGGUCAUCUGGAGGCGCUCGGUCUGACCUGCAAAUCCCCGGAGAAGGUGUCAGAAGGUGCUCGUGUCCUGGGCAUUCGAGUCUGGGGGGAGCGGCAAGGACUGUUCUGGAAGCGGGACAACCAGGAUCUACAGCCGCCGCCAAAGCUGACGGUCCACGUGCACGCAUCGCUGUGGCCGUAUCAGACUGUAGUGUUCCAGGGCAGACGGUGGUGUCUGAGCAGACUUGGCUUUGGGCUCAGUCUCGCACCGAUGGUGAUGAGAAAGGUGCUGGAAAUGGCCCUGAAACGUGACCAGAGGGUGCACACCGCUACAUCACCUUACGUGGACGACAUACUCGUAAAUGAAAACAUCGCUACUGCAUUGGAGGUGAAGGGUCAUCUGGAGGCGCUCGGUCUGACCUGCAAAUCCCCGGAGAAGGUGUCAGAAGGUGCUCGUGUCCUGGGCAUUCGAGUCUGGGGGGAGCGGCAAGGACUGUUCUGGAAGCGGGACAGCCAGGAUCUACAGCCGCCGCCAAAGCUGACGAGGAGAGAGGUCUUCUCGCUGUGCGGACGUCUGACAAGUCAGGUCCCGGUGUGUGGCUGGCUGCGUGUCUCCGCAUCCUACCUGAAAAGACGCGCCACUGCAGCGACAGACGGCUGGGAUGACGAGAUCACCGACCCAGAACUCCAGAAAAUGGUCAUGGAAACGCUGCAGCGCGUGAAAACGGCCGAUCCCGCACGAGGUCGCUGGGAUGUCACCGGCGAUGAGGGAGUCGUGUGGGUGGAUGCCAGCUCCCUCGCCAUAGGAGCCGUGCUAGAGAUGGAAGGCAGCAUCGUUGAGGACGCCUGCUGGCUUCGGAAAAAUCCCGAGACACACGUGAACCUUGCAGAACUGGACUCUGUUGUGCGUGGCAUCAAUCUGUCCCUGGCAUGGAACCUGAAGAAAGUGACUGUCGUGACGGACUCGAAAACGGUCUAUCACUGGCUAACAGAUGCGCUCUCCGGCAGAGCUCGGAUAAAGACGAAGGCGGCGAGUGAAAUGCUGAUUAGAAGGCGCCUGGAGACCGUGAAGAGUCUGAGAGAUGAGUACGGCCUCCAGCUGACCGUGAAGUGCGUUCCGUCAGUGGACAACAGGGCUGACGCACUGACGAGAGUGCCGAAGAAGUGGCUGAACCAACAAAGCGAUCCUGUGGUCUGCGGCGCUGCCUUCUCGGCGCCGGAUGUGGUCAGGAUCCAUGAAACAAGCGGACACCCAGGCAUCGGGAGAACGCUGCGCCUGUGUAGGGAGCACGACCCGGCUGUGAGCAAGCACCAGGUGCGCAGUGUCGUUAGCCAGUGCGAAAGGUGCCAGUCCAUCGAUCCAGCGCCCCAGCGGUGGACACAUGGUUCGCUGAGCGUGACUAAAUGCUGGGACAGGGUCAGCAUGGACGUCUGUCACGUAAACGAUCAGCUGUACCUGACUCUGAUUGACUGCGGUCCGUCUCGGUACGCGAUCUGGCGGCGGAUAAAGCGACAGGACACCGACAGCAUCAUCACGGCUCUGGAGUCGGUAUUCCUGGAGCGCGGCGCUCCGAGGGAGCUGCUGACGGACAACUUCACCUCAUUCCGCAGUGCCGCAUUCCACGAGUUCGUCAGCCGGUGGGGUGUCAGCGUCCGGUACCGAGCUGCCCAUGCGCCGUUCGGCAAUGGUGUCUCUGAGAGAAACCAUAGGUCGGUCAAAACAAUCAUAGCGCGCAAAGGCUGCUCAGUGGCGGAAGCAGUCUACCGCUAUAAUGUGAUGCCGCGCAAUGAUGACCUGAACUCUAGUCCUGCCAACGUACUGUUCAACUACAAACUGAGAGUGCCGGACGUGGAGAGUGAGGAAAAGUGCGAAGAGAGUGAGUGUGCUAUGUUCAGUGUAGGCGAUAAGGUAUGGAUCAGAGACCCUAGUCGCCGGUGUGAUGUGCCAAGUUCCAUAGGAACAGUCACCCGACAAGUGUCGGCGCAGUGUGUGGAAGUAGACAAUGUCCCCCGUCACGUGAGAGAUCUGAGACUGGCUUUCGUUCCCAGUCCGGAGAGUGACCAGACUGAGCCGCCGAACAAUGACAAUGACGACUCUGGCCCAAUUAUCUUGCGAGAGUGUGCGCACGAAAGCCACGGGGAAAAUGUGCCCCCUGUGACGUACGCUGAAGUUCUACGCCGCGGCAUGCGGGAGAGACGCCCUGCCGUUCUGACCCAGUACGAUGAUUUGUAGAUCAGGGGGGAGUGUAUUAGAAUCUUGUGGCCGCAGUCGUGCCACUGCGGCGCCGCCGCCGCCCCGUCCAGGCUCGGGAUGAGUUAUAUGGCAUUGUGCGGGGCGGGGCCGGGAGGAAACGGCCGGCGGCACGCGCAGCGCAAUUGUAAAUUUAAGAUAUGUCAUUUAAGGCACGUAGGCCGCCAAGCUGGCGCCUUCCGUCACCUCGUCGCUGCUGUGCAAGUUCGCACUCGUUUUGGGCGUGUUCUAGACGUUUCGUAGCCUGUUGAAUAAAAGGUGGGUCACGUACGACCCCCGGCCAGUCUGGGCCGGCGCGCGACGGAGGCAGCUGGCAAUACAACGGCAAUGUGGACAUAAGGAGU